AUGUUCGUUCAAUCAAAUAUAUUCGACAACACAUUAAAGAUACUUCAAAGUAGCGUGUUGUUGAAAAACAAGAAAUUCAUUCAUUUCUGUACAGUACGGUUAGUUUUUGAGGAAAACGUUUGGAAAAGUUGUCUGUGUUGUUCAAGACCAUUAAAGACUGACUCGUGUUACGACAACACUACUUUAAUUAUGCUACAGAGGCAAAAAUGUGUAGAGAAAUUUAAAGUUGAUGCAAAUAUGUGA